AUGAAUGCGAUCAGAGAUUAUUUCCCUCUCCUGCUUGUUCUGGUGGCGGUGGUGACGGAUACGGGCGUUAAAGCCUCUGAGGAAGGUCUUUCUAUCACUCCGGGGGGGCCUCCAGAGAGCGGGGCUAGCCUGUACCCCACCACCCAGGCCACAGGCGCCAGGCUCCCCGUGGUCACCACCGCCCCGCCUGUCAAUGUCCCGAACCACCACCCCCUCUACAGGAACCCCCGACAACACCAGGCCCCGCUCGGCCCUCGCCGUCAACCGAACUACUCCGAAGACAGCGGGGGAUCCAGCACACACCGCAGCUCCCAGACCACCUUCUCCACCUCGCCAUCUGGGCCUCUGCUGGACAACGACGAGAGGGCUGAAAGCCCAAACGUGCCAACAACCCUAGCAUUAGCCGUCGCUUCGUACCCCAGCACCCCUGUUCCAGUCACCAGCACGGUUUUAAAAGAUCCGGAACAUGCCACCGUCGUCCCCUCUGCUGCCACUGCGGCAAAGGAGAAGGAUGCUGUAAGGCCAGAUCAUUCUGGACUGAAGCACAAUGUGAGGCCCGGCACCGAUGAAGAGGAGACAACCACCACCACCAUCACCACCACCACCACCAUCACCACAAUGCAGAGUCCAGUUCCCUGCCAGCUGAACCUGACUGGGCCAGAGGGGUACAUAGAAGCUCCACCGCAGUCCAGCUCUGCUUUUCACUCUACGAUGGACUGCAGCUACAUCAUCACAGUCUACAUGGGCUAUGGAGUGGAGGUCCAGGUGAUGAAUGUGAAUCUGUCUGAGGGUGACAAGGUGGCGUUUGAAGAUGUGGGCCACAGGGAGAACACCAUGCUGGCCAAUGAGUCCAUUCUGAUGAGGGGGUUGGUAGUACGAAGUCACAGCAAUCAGAUCUCUAUCCGCUUCCAAAACCAGAGGUCUCAGGUUGGAUCGGUCCUGCUCAGAUACCAAGCCUUCGUGUUGAGCUGCGUCUUCCCCCAGCGGCCCCUCUACGGUGACGUCUCAGUGAGCAGUCUCCACUCUGGAGGGGAGGCCUUCUUCUCCUGUCUGACUGGCUACCAGCUGCAAGGCCCCAGCAUGCUGACCUGCCGCAAUGCUAGCACUCCCUACUGGAGUGGCAAGGAACCACACUGCCUCGCUGCCUGUGGUGGUUUGAUCAGGAACGUCACAGUCGGUCGUAUCGUCUCUCCUGGUUUUCCCAGCAACUACAGCAACAACCUGACCUGCCACUGGCUGCUGGAGGCCCCUGAGGGCCAGAGGCUGCACAUCCACUUUGAGAAGGUGGCACUGGCUGAGGAUGAUGAUCGGCUGCUGAUUAAGAAUGGUAACAGCAUAGAUGCAACUGCCCUGUAUGAUUCGUACGAGGUGGAGUAUCUGCCCAAUGAAGGUCUACUCAGCACGUCCAGGCAUCUCUUCAUUGAGUUGACCACAGAUGCUGCGGGCACAUCCACUGGCAUUGCCAUCAGGUACCAAGCCUUUGCAGCGGGCCACUGCUACGAACCCUUCGUGAAGUAUGGUAACCUGACCAGCAGCGACAGCACCUGGGCAGUGGGAGCUGUGGUGGAGUUCGCCUGCGACCCUGGCUAUACUCUGGAACAGGGAUCUGUCACCAUUGAAUGCAUGGACCCCAACAAUCCCCAGUGGAACGAGACUGAGCCUGCCUGUAGAGCUGUGUGCAGUGGCGAGAUCACGGAUUCAGCUGGAGUGGUGCUGUCUCCUAACUGGCCUGAAGCCUACGAUAAAGGCCAGGACUGUAUCUGGGGAAUCCAUGUUGAGGAGGACAAGCGGAUCAUGCUGGACAUUCAAGUAAGUAGCUCGUAAUGACACCUGCCCCGAGCUUCCAGAGAUCUCUAAUGGCUGGAAGAGUACAUCUCACCCGGAGCUGGUUCAGGGAACCGUGGUGACCUACCAGUGUUACCCGGGUUAUCAGGUGGUGGGCGCCGAGCUGCUCAUGUGCCAAUGGGACCUCACCUGGAGUGGCGACCUACCAAGCUGUGAGAGAGCUGAGACCUUCGAGCCCUGUAGUCACCCAGGAACCCCCACCUACGGGAUCCCCAGCUCCAACAAGCUCCACUUCCAGGCCGGAGAGACCCUCCACUACUCCUGCCUGGUGGGCCACCAGCUGCUGGGCGAGCCCGUUCUCCACUGUGUCCCUGGACACCCUUCCCAGUGGAGUGGGCUGCCACCUGUCUGCAAAGCCCACCCAGUGGAGUAUGAUGAGCACAGAUUAAAUGUAGCUGCUGCAGACCUCAGAAUGGAGGGGGCCCAAGUAGCGUUCGCUGUCUUCAUCCCUGUCAUCCUCCUCCUCAUCCUUAUCGUUGGGAUCUACCUCUACUUCUCAAAGGUUCAGAGGAAGCCACUACGGCUCUCCCUGUCCUCCAACUUACCAUAUGAAAACAUCACUGGAGAGUCUACGAUUGACAGCUCUGUUUCUGAGACAGCGGUGAGUCAGCAUACAUCAGACUUUGAAACGGCUGGUUUCUCCUGUUGGCUGUAG